AAUUCCGACCCGCCUGGCUGACGCCGAGCAUGGCGGAGGGGGAGCACAUGGAGGAGGCGUCGACGGCCGCGGCGGCCACGCCGUUCCAGCUCCAGUUCGACAAGCCCAUCCCCUUCCAGAUUAAAAUGGCGGAGUGGAAUCCAGAGAAGGAUCUGCUUGCAAUGGUCACUGACGACUCUAAGGUCAUUCUUCAUCGUUUCAAUUGGCAAAGGCUAUGGACUAUCUCCCCAGGGAAGUGCAUCACAUCUAUUUGUUGGAGCCCUGAUGGUAAAAUAGUGGCGUUGGGUACAGAAGAUGGUUUGGUUCUUUUGCAUGAUGUUGAGAAUGGGAAAAUGCUAAGAAGAAUAAAAUCCCACGAUGUUGCCAUUGUAUGUUUGAACUGGGCAGAAGAUGAGCCACUAUCAAGGACUGACAAGGAUGGCCUGUUAUCCUAUGAAGACCGCACUACACGCUUCUUUCCUCCUGCUCCUGUGAUUCCUAGGAUAGGUGGACUGAAUUCUGGAGACACUGGUCUUGCAGAUGAGAAUGAAGAAUCCAUUCAGGAAUUUUCAAGUGCUUCUUGUCAUCGUUUUAAUAUUCUGUGCAGUGGUGAUAAAGGUGGUUGCAUUUGCUUCAGUAUCUUUGGAAUAUUCCCAGUUGGAAAGAUAAACAUUAAUGAUGUUCCUAUCCAUGUCCAAUCCUCUGGAAACAAAACUUGUUACCAGCUUCAGGAUGCUUCCAUAAGCAAGGUCUGUUUAUCAGGAAACCUCCACCAGUUGGUUCUCCUGUGCCCUGGAAAGUUGGUUGAUAUUGACAACCUUUCUCUUAGUAAUCACAUUUCUGUUGGGUUACAUUGUCUGCAUUUGGACACUUCUAUCUUUUUCAACAGGAAAAAUGAGCUACAUCAGAUCUCCCAACAAGCAUCAAGUAUCCAAGAUCUGGUUGAAGUUGUUCGUGCUUCCAUAUCUAUGAUGGCCAAACAAUGGUCAAGUGCCAUGAACUUAUUCAAUGAAAAAUUCAGUGCCUUGCCUUCUCUGAUAGCUGCCCAUGGGAUGGAAUCUAGCUCUGAGGAUGAGUUUAUGAGCCUUUUGUUUGGUACACGGACGAGUCCAGCACUUCACCAAUUUUUAGUCAGCUCACUUGGUGAAGCGGCUCUCAAGAGGAUAGCUAAGGCUGUUGACAGUGCUGGACGAGAACUUCGAGUUGUUGUCAGUGAGCAUCUUCAGCCUGCAGUUGAAAUUAUUUCAUUCAGGCUUGCGGAGUUAAGAGGCCUUGCAAGAUGGCGUUCAAGAUUUCAGAAUAUUGGUUUAGACGAAAAGCUUAUUGAUGGUGUGACUGAGAAGAUAGGGAUGCUAGUUGUUCAAGUUGAGCGUUUUUCAAGGGUUGCGGCUACUGUUCUUUAUCUGUUCCAAAAUUUCUUCAGUUGGGUUUUAAAGUGUGUUAAGAUUUUAUUAAGUGAACCAACCGAUCAAGUUCCAGCUGCAAACAGUGAACUCGUGGUGCUUUUUCUGAAGUUUCUGCUUGAUAAGGAUCCAAUCAAACAGUUGCUUGAUGCAAAUCAAAGUUUUGAGUGUGAUUUGGACACUGUAAGACAUCUUGAGCAGCUAGUAGUUUUGGGGGGAUUUACAGAUACCCAGUUUUUGGACAAGACUUUAAUGAAGCAAUUUAAUGAGCUGGAUGAAAGCCUGGAGGAAGCUUUCUUAAUGCCAUUCACCACCAUUUCUUCACAAAUACAUUGCCAAGAGCUGCUUCCUCUUUAUCCUGUUGCGUCAUCAGUUGAUUUGUCGUCAUCCUAUAUUCUGUCAUCAGCGUCGUUCUAUAAGCAGGAUGAAGAUUCUCAGAAUAGUGGGUCUUCAUAUAGCUUGACUGACUAUAUAUGCUUCAAGAUACCUGAGGGAUCCUUGAACUUGAAGAAUUGCAUUGGAGUGAUAAAGAACUUCUCUAACUCUUCUUCCAGCAGACCAUCUCUUUCAGGUUGUCUGUUGCGUAUACCUGAUGAAUAUGAGUGCAUUGAUGUAUCUCUUUAUAAGGAUAACCAGAUUGUUGUCCUACUCAGCGAAAGGCCCUGUUCUGAUAGUCCUGGAAGAUCUUAUGUUGUAAUGUUGCGGACAGAGAACUUCUCUUUUGUGCCUCUCUCAAGGAUGUUCCCAUCAAAUAUUUACAGUGUACAAGAGCUGUCGGCACUGGAGCUCCAAUUGGACACAGAUUAUGGGAAAGUUCGUAGCAUACCUCAUGCUGUGUCCACUCCGCUGGCAGUCAGUGCCUCGAGAGGAGUGGCCUGUGUGUUUUCUUCUCGGCGGCAUGCUUUGGUUUACAUCCUUGAUGAAGAUGAGGACGAGGACGAGGAUGAAGCUUCUGAUAUGGAGUGAACUUACCGUCGUCCAUCCGCCGACAAAGAAUUUUUAUCGAUGAUACAACCGCACCAAUGCCAUCUUUGGACGAGAAGCACCUUAAUUAUGCCUCAAGAUUUCGUCACUUGCUGACACUGCAAAUUCUGUGUUGCUUGUACUACCACUCUGUUAAAAAUGCACACUCGUUACACUGCUUAUGAUGCGAGGAGGAUGUGUUGCUAACCCUGCCAAUGUAAGGCACUAAGAGUAUCCUAGUAGAUCAUUUAAGUUUAGUCAUCCAUAUCUUCAUUUAGAUGAUCAUCUAAAAUAUUUUUAUUCUUCAUAUCUCUCUAUACUU